AUGUGCGACGCUGUUGCGUUCGUGCCGCUCGAAGCUGUUGGAGGCCGCAGAGCCGAUUCCAACGAAGACGUUGUUCUUGAGCGUACUGGCGCGAGAGUUCAAGAGGGGGGUGGGUCGUCGAGAUCCGGGAUAGGCAAGAGUUGGCUUCUGCUGGUUGAUGAUACGGGCGAUAAGGAGUGUCGACUCGCAAGAGUAUGUGCCAGAAUAAAUUACCAAGCCUCAGCACCCAUCAAUAGUACCGACGCCGUCUUUGCAGCUACGAGCGGUAGUGGCGAACAUGGCGCAAUCAAACUGCUGCAUGAGGGUAUCGUGCGGUUUGCGAGGGUUGGUAAGAAGCGCACAAGGUCUGGCGGGCGUGGCGGCCCGAUCCUCACAUCCCUGCAUAUCAUAAGCCACCUUGAACAAGACACCGGGACACCCCUCGUCGACCACUGGAAUAGCGUUGCAUCGCAUGGCGUUCUUGAACUUGGGCUAACUGGAAUGAUUCGGUAUUCCUUCGUCCGCACAAUACGCCUGUCGUACGUCCGAAGACACUUCGCCACCGCUCAAACCAAGGAGGCCUUGGAUCGCACUCGAAAUGUUGGAAUCAUAGCACACAUCGACGCAGGAAAGACCACGACUACAGAGAGGUUUCUCUUCUACUCCGGCUAUACCAGACGGAUCGGAGACGUCGACGAUGGAAGUACUGUGACAGACUUCCUGCCCGCCGAGCGAGCGCGAGGCAUUACUAUUCAAUCUGCGGCUAUCAGCUUCUCUUGGCCGCCUUCGUCGGCGAACACUACGGCCGGACAACGCUCUCUGGUUCCUCAUAACAUCAAUCUCAUCGACACACCUGGCCAUGCAGACUUCACAUUUGAGGUACUUCGCUCCUUGCGAGUGCUUGAUGGCGCAGUAUGCAUUCUCGAUGGCGUAGCAGGCGUAGAAGCGCAGACUGAGAAAGUCUGGUCGCAAGCCUCAGCAUACGCCAUCCCGCGUACUAUCUACGUCAACAAGCUUGACCGCGAUGGCGCUGCUUUUGGGCAAACCAUUAAGGAGAUCGGCUCGAGGCUAGGUGUCUGGCCGGCCGUCUGCGGCAUUCCCUGGUGGAGUGCUGAGGGCAAGCUGCAAGGCAUUGGCGAUGUUGUUGGACUGAGAGGCUUGAGGUAUGCUGAAGGUGGAGAUGGCAAGGACAUUACUGUCUCUGGCUUGGAAAAGCUCGAAGUUGAGGAUUCUGAGCUGGCAGAGGAGAUAAAGAAGGCCAGAAUCGCUCUUGUGGAACUGUUGUCAGAGCACGACGAUGCGAUGGUCGAAGAUUACUUGGAAGCGGACGAGGACCAUUUGGCCAUCUCCCCGGAGGACAUCACUGAGAGCUUACGGAUCUGCGCCCUACGUCGCCCACAACAUGUCGUCCCGGUCUUUGCUGGUGCAAGCUUUCGAAACGUUGGCGUACAGCCAGUGUUGGACGCUGUGGUUGAUCUACUUCCGUCACCCGCCGAACGUCCGGAUCCAGAGAUCAGCUUUGGUGGCGAAGUGAAAGGCGGGCUCGCUGAACUACUUGCUGGUAAAGUGGCGAUAGCCGCAGCGUCAACAUCCAAAGGUGGCAAGGGACUGUCCAAGGACAAAGCAACAUUUGCCCUGCAGAACCUCGAAGCGUGUGCACUGGCAUUCAAAGUGGUGGCAGACAGCAAGCGAGGGGUACUCGUCUACAUCAGAGUCUAUUCUGGAGCCGUCAACCGGAACUCAGCUCUCUGGAAUACGAACUUGCAAUCUGCUGAGCGGGCUCAGAGGCUAUUGAAGAUGUAUGCGAACGAUGCGGUUGAUGUUGAUUCGAUACCAGCUGGCCAGAUAGGGGUCAUACCCGGCUUGAAAGCAGCAAGAACGGGAGACACAUUGAUAUCGUACCUUGGGACAAACCCAAAGGUCGGUCCACCAGCACCCAUCAACAGUCUGCAGCUACGACCGAUCGACGUACCGCCACCAGUAUUCUUUGUCAGCGUAGAGCCGAGCAGUCUGUCUGAAGAGAAGCACAUCAAAGAGAGCUUGAGCAUUCUUCUGCGAGAAGAUCCAUCCCUCCACGUGACGGUUGACGAAGAAAGUGGCCAAACGCAUCUUUCUGGCAUGGGUGAGCUGCAUCUCGAGAUCGCCAGAGAUCGUUUGAUUAGCGAUCUGAAAGCCAAAGCCAGAAUUGGUAGCAUCGAGAUAGGGUACAGGGAGGCUCCGACGGCUCUGAGCGAGGAGGUCACCGAAGUUUUCGAGCGAGAAGUCGGUGGUAAGAGCUCGAAAGCUGCUUGUACUGCAUCUGUCAAACCCCACUCUGGUGAGGCUACCAGUGCUGGGGACGCGCACAUUAUCGAUCUGGCAGAAAACAAUCGUUUAUCUAUUCUCACGCCAACGCUAUAUGCCGACGGCUCCUCAAUCGACCCAGAUCAGCCCGGCUUACCAGAACACGUCCCAAUACAUAUUGUACUGCAGGCGAUGCAGAACGGCGUUUCUGCCGCUCUUGCACGUGGGCCCGCCUACAGCUACCCAGUCCACUCCAGCGACAUAGCCAUCACUUUCGAUCCUACAACACAGCUGUUCCCAACCACAACGCCGGCUGCCAUCUCGUCUGCCGCUCGUGUCGCAACACAACACGCGCUGAGAAACAGCGCGAAGCAAAGCGAGGCGGUCAUGAUGGAGCCGGUGAUGCUCGUCACCAUCUCGGUCGAUGAAAGCAGCAUGGGUUCGGUUGUCCACGACAUCUCAAGUGCUCGUGGCGGCACCGUCGUAUCGCUCAGCUCCGACGAAGAAACAAGCAACAUAGGUCAAUCUAUUGAUGUGGCCAAGAUCUACGCUCCACCUGACCCUUACGCUGGCGGGCACGCAAUGGCUGACGCUUCUACCAAUGGGAAUGCCAACACCAUGAAGCAGAUUGUUGCACGUGUGCCGUUGAAGGAAAUGGUCGGCUACCUUAAACAUCUCCGCUCGUUGACCGGCGGCAGAGGGACGUUCACAAUGGCCGUCGACCGGUUUGAGAGGAUGGCAUCGCAGAGACAACGAGCAGUACUGAACGAGAUGAGAGGGGACUUCACCUAG